AUGGAAGGUGAUGAUACACUUGCGAUUCAAGCUGUAUUAAGCGCUGAUAUAUGGAGAGAACAUUUGUUAAGUGAAGAGAAAUCAUUGAACUUACAAAUUAGUAAAUUAGAGCAAAAUCUUGAAGAAUUUGACGAAGUCACUCUUGAACAAAAAAAAGAUGCUGCCAAUACAAGAUUAAAAGAAAUAUAUCAAAAACUAGAAGAAAUUGAGAGUGAUAAGGCUGAAUCACGUGCCGCUGCCAUUUUAUCUGGAUUGGGUUUUCCGGCAGAUAAACAUCGAAACCCAACAAAAUUUUUUUCCGGUGGUUGGAGAAUGCGUCUCGCACUAGCAAGGGCGUUGUUUUGCCGACCUGAUUUGUUGUUGUUAGACGAACCGACUAAUAUGUUAGAUAUUCCUGCUGUCGCAUGGCUAGAACAAUACCUCAAAAAAUGGCCGAGCACAUUACUUGUUGUUUCUCACGAUCGAGAAUUCCUGGACGAAGUAGCAACUGAUAUUUUGCAUCAACAUUCCGAACGUCUCGAUCAUUACAAGGGUAAUUUUACACAAUUCUAUGCUACAAAAGAAGAACGCCGCAAAAAUCAUCUACGUGAAUAUGAAAGCCAGAUGCAAUAUAGGCAUCAUUUACAAGACUUUAUUGACCGCUGGCGAUAUAAUGCUAAGAGAGGACCACAAGCUCAAAGCAAAAUUAAGAUAUUGGAGAAACUCCCUGUAUUGGAACCUCCGGAAGUCGAAGUUGGUGUCACUUUCAAGUUUCCUGAUCCUGAUGCUCUAAGUCCGCCUAUCCUUCAAUUGGAUGAUGUCAGUUUUGGAUAUCCAAAUGGUCCUAUAAUCCUUUCGAACGUCAGCCUUUCUGUUCAGUUAGAUUCACGUAUAGCUGUAGUCGGUCCAAAUGGAGCGGGUAAAUCUACUCUACUCAAACUUUUAACCGGGGCAUUAGAGCCGCGUUCUGGCCUGAUGCACCGACAUGGGCGUCUCAGAUUUGCACAUUUCAUGCAACAUCAUGUGGAUCAACUGAUUCUUGAUAUGAACGCAGUAGCUUUUAUGGCACAGAAAUUUCCAGGGAAAAUCGAAGAGGAAUAUCGACGUCAAUUAGGAAAUUUUGGCAUUACAGGAAUGACUGGCCUACAAUCAUUGAAGACUUUGUCCGGUGGCCAAAAAAGCAGAGUUUCCUUCGCUUGUUUGGGUUUACAACAUCCACACAUCUUAAUAUUGGAUGAACCAACCAACCACCUCGAUAUGGAUUCAAUCGAUGCCUUGACAAAUGCUCUAAAAGGGUUUAAAGGUGGUGUUAUCCUCGUUUCUCAUGAUGAACGAUUCAUUGAUUCAGUUUGUACAGAAAUUUGGGUUUGUGAAUCUGGAAAAGUUAGGAAGUUUGAAGGAGAUUCUAUCAAACAAUACAGAGAAAUGAUUGUGCCAAAAGAGGAACCAUGA